AUGCCGUCCUUGAUCCUACACAGAUGGCUAUCGACCAUCAAGCCGGCUCGGUCCCGCCCUAGCAAACCCACACCGAGGAAGAACACUUCUUCUGCUCUUUCACCGCAAAGGACGAGAGCUAGACCACCUCCAUCUCGAGCACCACCACCACCACAUUACACUGGCAGCAGAUCCUCCUCCACACCAGCAGCAACAGCAGCACCACCUCAACGCGCAGACCGAUGGAAAACCGUCAACAUAUCAUUACCUCGACCACCUCUUCCCAAGCUAUUAUAUCAGGACAACAACCUCGUCGUCAUUGACAAACCCUCGGGCGCGAGUCUGCAAGGUCAAUAUGGUACCGAGGCUAGGCUGAACUGGGAAGCCAUCCUCAAAGGUUGGUCCAAUACUAUCCACACUAUGGGAAGAGGCUCAUACCGACUAUUCUGAACAGGUCUGAAGAAGCGUAUCGACUCGGGAGAUCUGCAUCCCGUUCAUCGAUUGGACAAGGUCGGUCGCCCAAAAUUACUUCCUCGCUGCUUCGGAAAACUGAUCCUGCAAGCCUUUCUGCUCCCUGCACUAGGCCACCACAGGCACGCUGAUUCUAUCCAAGAAUGCCCAAGCAUACAAGAAUCUAUGUUCCCAGCUGACCCGACACGAGAUCUCGCGCAAAUACCUGGCCAUCGUUCACGGACGCCUCAAGCCGGGCUACCGAGACGUCAUUGAUGCUCCGCUGCGCGUCGACCAAGAUCGCGUACGGAUGGACCAUGAACCGGUGACGGAUCUGGCGUCCGAGGAAUUGGGCAAGAUCAUGGAAGCAAAGACGGAAUGGGAAUGUCUUGCAUCAUCGGUGAAUUUCUCUUGCAGUGUGAUCCCCGACGGCCAACAUCGCUGAAAGAAUAUUAUUCGUCGUUUGCCCCAUUCAGUCAUCGAAUCUCUCCCUCCUCCUGCUAUCCCCACAAACUGGUCGCAAACAUCAAUUGAGGGUCCACUGUUCCCAAGUGCUAAGAGCACCGAUCCUAGGCGAUCACAAAUACGAACUCGAUCCCGAUACCAUGAUGUCCUCGGCGCUGGCGACGGAUCUGCCUCCGAGCAUGAUGGGCGCGAAUGGGAGCAUGUUCUUGCAUGCUUGGGCGGUUCGAUUACAUGUCAGUACCUUUCAUGACCGUUCUAAGGAUCUUAGAGCGUACCGCUGAGUCCUGCAAGUUUUUGGUGCAGGUCUGGGACAAGAGCACGGGCAAACGGAAAACGGUCGGUGCAACGGCGCCAUUACCUUAUGCCUUCCGACGCCUGCUCAAGAAAAUGGGGUGGGAGGAGCCGACGACAGAGUCUGUUCCUUGGCCUGAGGGGAUGAAGGAACUAUCGCCAGUUGAGAGGAGGUAG